UAUUCUUUGCAAAAGUUUUUAUCUGUAAUUUCUGCUAGAUUUAGAUUUUUUGUUAAAUUUUGUGUAUGUAUACAUCUCUAUAAGUACUAGAUAUUAAGGAAGUUAAAUUUGCUGUACAUGGGAUAAUUAAGCAAUAGAUGGAGAAUCUUUUUGCAAGUGCUGAAAAAAGGAAGCAUCCAGAGAAAAGUUCAGAGGGAGUUGAUACUAAAGUGAAUUACCAAGAUUUGGCAUCAAAGAAGCAACGAGUUGUGGCAUGGAAAUAUGAUGUGUUUGUAAGUUUUAGAGGUGAAGAUAUUCGUAAAAGCUUCAUUGAUCAUCUUUUCAAAGAUUUUAAGCAAAACGGAAUUCAUGCUUUUAGAGAUAAUAUUGAUUUGCCUAGAGGAGAAGAGAUAUCUACCCAAGUCUAUAAAGCCAUUGAAAAUUCGAGGUUUUUGAUGAUCAUCUUCUCCAAAAAUUAUGCUUCUUCAUCAUGGUGUCUGAGGGAACUUGUGAAAAUUCUCAACUUAAAGCAAAUUGAAAAGCCAAAACAUGAAGUCCGAAUCUUAUUUUAUGAUGUUAAGCCCGAAGUGGUGAGGAAACAAACUGAGAGCUAUGCCGAAGCAUUUGCCAAACAUCAAGUAUCAAAUAGAGCAGAAGUAGAUGAAUGGAAGGAAGCUCUUACCAUGGCUGCUAGUUUAUCUGGAUGGGAUCUUAAUGACAUGACAAAUGGCUAUGAGUCCAAGUUCAUUGAUUGCAUAUCCAAAGACAUCCGCAAAACAUUAUGUGACGUACCCUUGCAUGUUGGUGAGAACCUAGUAGGUGUAGAUGCUCGUUUAAGUAAACUGGACUUGGAGCGCCUAAUUGGGUCAAGUAAGGUUAACAUGAUUGGAAUUUGUGGUGUUAGUGGAAUAGGAAAGACCACCCUUGCCAAAGCUAUAUAUAACUCGAUGUAUGUCUACUUUGAGGGAAGUUGCUUCUGUGAGGAUGUCCAAGGAAUCACCAAACGGCAUGAUCUAACUCAAGUCCAAAUGCAACUUAUUAAUAAGAUAAUGAAAACUGAAGAUGUGAAGAUACCCAAUAAGAGUGAAGGAGUUCAGGUAAUAAAACAGAGGGUAGCAUGUGAGCCUAUCUUAAUUGUUUUGGAUGAUGUGGAUCAUCACGAGCAGUUAGAAGCACUAGCAGGUUCACAUCACUGGUUUUGCCCCGGGAGUUUGAUUAUUUUCACUAGUAAAGACAAACAGUUGCUAAGAUCACAUAGAGUGGAUAAAAUUUAUGAUGUGGAGUUUUUAAAUGAUCGUGAAGAUAUUGAGCUUUUUUGUUUGUAUGCUUUUGGCCAAACAUAUCCUACACAUGAUUUCAAGGAGCUAUCGUACCAAGUCGUGAAAUGUUUGCAAGGGCACCCUUUGGCUCUCAAAGUUGUUGGCAAUGCUUUGUUUGAAAAGUCAGCGCGAUUAUGGAGAAGUGAACUGGAUAGACUCCAAAUGUACCCUAAUUCAGAGAUACAACAAAAACUGCGACCAAGUUUUGAUUUGCUAGACUUUGAUCAGAAAAGAAUCUUUCUUGAUAUUGCAUGUUCCUUGACAGGGGAAAAUAUAGAUCUUUCUGUACGUGUACUUGAGAGCAUUAAUUGUUUUGCGGAUGCUAAUAUUGAUGUUUUAGUCGAUAAAUCGCUAAUUACAAUAUCUACAGACGAUUCGCUUCAAAUGCAUGAAUUGAUUCGAAGCAUGGCAAGAGAAGUUAUACGUGAAGAAUCCUACAGGCCUAUCUAUUUGUGGGGUCCAUCAGAUGUUUACGCUUUACUUGGUGAGAACAAUUUAACGGAAACAACUAAAAAAGUUGAAGUUCUUGUCCUUUUGUUAGAGAAAUCUACUAAAACGGUUCACAUAGAUUGUAAAGCUUUUUCUAAGAUGAAAAAGUUGCGGAUCUUUAAAAUUUGUUAUCCACGACCAGAAGCUUUUGGACAGACGUUUCAAUUGAGCAUGUCUAUGGACUUCGGUGUGAAGUUCUUAGGAAAUUUGGAUUUUUUAUCCAAUGAGCUAAGAUUGAUUUAUUGGCAUGGAUAUCCUUUCAAGUUCUUGCCAUCAAUUUUUUAUCCAGAGAAUAUUGUUGCCAUUGACUUGUCUUUCAGCAAAAUCAAAAGCUUUUGGACAACACCUAAGUGUUUUAAAAGCUUGAAAGUGAUGAACCUGAGGCACUGCCGUGACCUAACAACUACCCCUGACUUCACUGAGGUUGUCAAUCUUGAAAAGCUAAUUCUUGAAGGCUGUGUGAGUUUGGUUAAGCUUCACCCAUCAAUUGGAAUGCUCAAGAAACUUGUUAUGUUAAACAUGAGGGACUGCAUAAAUGUUAGGAGGUUCCCCUGCAAAGUUGAAAUGGAGUCUCUCCAAGUUCUGAUUCUUCCUGGAUGCUUAAAAAUGGACAACUUAUCUCAGGUUUCGGGUACCCUCAAUAAUUUGCUGAAGCUUGCCAUAACAGAAUUUCCUUCUUUCAUAUCAUCUCUAUCCAACCUUCAAGUACUAGAGAUUGACAGAGAUCAGCAGGCUGAGUCUCCUACAUGGUGGACAUCAAUCUUCCAAAAGCAACCACAAAGUUUGGUGUUGCCUUCUUUGGCAAGAUUGCGAUUGCUAACAAAGCUAAAACUUGGAAACUGCAAUAUAUCCGAAGUGUGCCAUGACAUUGGAGCUUUAUCAUGUCUAUAUUCUUUAGAUUUGAGUGAAAACAACUUUACUAAGUUACCUGGAAGUUUGGGUCAACUUUCUCGUCUGCAAUAUCUUGUUCUUAUUGGCUGCAAAAAGUUGGAAGUGUUGCCAGAACUUCCAUCUAGUUUGAUUCGACUUUCUGCAUCCCAAUGUACCUCCUUGCAAGAUCUACCAAGGCUAAGUCACCGACAACGUAUUCUUGAUUGGCGUUUUAGGCAUUGUCCAAAGAUUUUUCAGAAUGUUACCAUUAAUAGCAAGGUGUCUAUGUCGCAGACUCGACUUAUGGACUCAUCGCAUGUCUCUACAAACCAGUUUUCUUUUUUGGUCAAGCAUUUGGGUAUCCAGAGUAAGAUACGUAAAUUCUUCAGUGGAAGUGAUUCCGAUUCCUGGAGGGGAGAUAAGACAUUGUCGUUAACAUUAUUUGGAAAAAGAAGUAUUCCACGGUGGUUUACAAAUAAAAGUAAGGAAAGUCAUAUAAAGGUGGAAUUACCUCCAAAUUGGUGCUUUUCUAAGUUCAAGGGAUAUGGAAUAUGUGUUGGAUUCAAGCUGAAGGAGUCUUACCGUAAAGUAUUAUUACCAAGAUUCUCUGUGAACAACUUCGAUGGAUCCUCUCUAAAAGAAUUUCAUGCAGGGAUCACACGAAUGUAUGAACCGGGAUUCUUUGUGUUGUGUUUUAUUAGGACAUGUGAUUGGCGAUGGGAAAAGGCAAAGAAUUUUGUCACAUUUACAUUCGGAGAUAGCGAAGAAAUUGAGCUUAAGGAGUUUGGUGCAAGACUUGUUUGUAAUUAUGAUGGAGAUUUAAAAGAAGAAGAAACGGUUUUAAGUAUGAUACAACACCUCCCACCUACCAGAGGUUACUUAAAGUUAUCCGAGGGUGAUGUUUAUACUCGCGUGUUUUUUUAAUAAAAAAUUCGUGUAAUCUAUGGUUUUCCUAGUCAUAGCAUAAAGGGUUAUAUUAAGACUGUAAAAUAGUAAAGAAUUGUAGUUAUAUAUAAUAUUUCUCCUAAUAUUAUUUGUAAA